AAGAGGCUGCCCGUGGGGCAUCUCAGCCUGGACCGAGAUGGCUCCAAAGGCAUUAAAUCCAUCCGGCAGAAGUUGGAGAGCUUCUCGAAGGAGAGGAAAGCUGGAAGCUGCUUCUGAAUGCAUAAUAGCAAAUUGGACAUCCUGUGUCCUAACCUGUUCCCUGAGGCUUACCUGAUGUUGAACAACAAGGAAGUCCUUGUCGGAUCUCCGUCCUCAUCGAGCCAGCGACAAGGACAGAAAUCCAACUUCUCUCUUCUCGCAAGAGUUAUGAUCCCAGGAUUUGUGCUUCUCUCCACAACACUUUACAAAAAUGACCUCAGGCCUUUCUGGCAGGUCUGGCAGUUUAGUUGAGUGGUCUGCUCCUCACAUGGGGCACCAAUUUGUUGGACAGUACUCUCUUCUUGAUCUAGAGAUGGGGCAACUGAGAGGCAUUUUAAAAACUUUUAUUCUAUUUUCAGUCUCAUGAGAAGGGUGAGACAAUAUCGAUGUUAUAAUUCACGCCAUCACCAUCAGAAGCCAACUAUUUCCUAAUUACAAUGCACUAUGAGCGUUUCUUGGCCUAUCAGCUGUUUGCUGUGCUAUGCUGUAGAUGCCUUAAAGCUAAUCAUCUAAAGUUACCCCUCGUGGUCCCAAUAUAAUGGGUUUUUCAUAGUUUUAUUUCUCUAAAGUAUCUAGUCUUUUUUGUAAGGUCAUCUUUUGAAACUUUUUUCUAGCUCCAUUUUUCUCUCAACAAUAUUUGUCUUAUUCUAUGGUAUUUCGAAGUCAACAUUUCUUGUCUCAAAGGCUGCAUAUGGAUGUAUACUGUGUGGACCUUCUGUCAGGCCCUGAGAAUUCUCUACAAACCCAUUGCUCGCAGUUAGAAUUUGGAAAGGAUCUUUUGGUGAUUUAUGAAGUUGUUGCUUCAUAGACGCCAUGGCAUCUUCAUGGGGCUGUAGCCAGUUCAAGGAAGGAAACUACAGGAAAAACUGAGAUGGGCUCCAACAAGCCUGCUGAUGGAGACGAGGCCCCUGUGUCUCCUCCCUCUCCCCCCAGCACCCCAUUUCCAUGCCGUGCCCUCCCCCUUGGCUGUUUGGCACCCCACCACACCUUUCCUGCUCUCCAGGAGGAGCAGCUCCCUUUGGGUUUGCCUGGCUCCUUGGGAACGCACCAUGCGCUCCGGGUGCUCCUGGGGGCAGGGCACGCGGGGUUCGUCCGUGCAGCUCGCUCACUGCAAUGCCUGUCCCUUGCUCCCGUGUUUCCCCCAGAGUGCUCUCCCCACACCUUCGGGGUCCCGCUCCCCCAGGUCAUCGCCAACGACCGCGCCUGCCGGCAGCUGCAGGAGGCCGUGGGCAAGAGCCGGCGGCUCUGCCUGGAGGUGGAGGCCACGGUGACGAGGUUCCGGGCUCAGAGGCAGAAGAGGUUGGGAAUGGGCACCAGCUGUAUCCGAGCACCCGACGGGGGCUGCCCAGAGGAGCCGCUUUCCCCAGCUCUUGUGGACAAGGGCUCCUGGAGCCAGCGGAGGGGGGCCAUGUCCGUGGAUUCCAUCACGGACCUGAGUGACAACGCAUCCAAGCUGCUGGAGGCCCUGCAGCUCUCACACCCCCACGAGCUGGACCCUCGCAGGAGCCGGGGCAAGAAGAAGCCACUGAGCCUGAACCCCAUCACCUGGCAGGUGCCACGGAUUGUGGACAGGUGCUGCACUCACCUUGAGACACACGGGCUCCAAACUGUUGGCAUCUUCCGUGUCGGGAGCUCCAAGAAAAGAGUCCAGCAGCUGAGGGAAGAGUUUGACCGAGGGCUGGAUGUUUUCUUGGAUGAGCAUCAGAGUGUUCAUGAUGUGGCUGCCCUGCUCAAAGAGUUUCUCCGGGACAUGCCAGAUUCCCUGAUUCCCAGAGAGCUCUAUGGAGCCUUCCUCAGCACAGCUACCCUGGAGGGGCCGGCCCAGCUGGACACCCUGCAGCUGCUGCUGUUCCUGCUGCCCCCGUGCCACAGUGACACCCUGCUCCGGCUCCUGCGCUUCCUGGCCAAGGUGGCCCAGCACGCUGAGAGCUCCUGGGACCCAGAGGGCCGCAAGAUCCCUGGGAAUAAAAUGACAGUGUCAAACCUCGCUACAGUCUUUGGUCCCAACAUCCUGCAGAAGGAGAAGCCUGGAGAGAAAGAUGCUGGUGCCCUGAACUUUGAGGACAGUGCUGCCAUAAUCCUGGUGCUCCAGAGGCUGAUCGAGCACCACCACUCCCUGUUCAUGGUGUCUCCAGAGAUGCAGUGUGACGUGCUGAGGAGGCUGUUCCAGACAGACCCCGAUGUCAUUGAGUACCUGCUGCGCAGGAAAUUCCCUGACAUGCCGAGCCCAGAGUGUGAGGACCCCGGGCAGGACCUUGCUCUGUCCGCGCUGCCUGGCUGGACACAAAGCCUGGAGCGAGGCUCGGUCUCCUCGGAGCUCUACAGCAAUGUCUCCUUCCUAAACCUGGAUGUUGGCAUCUAGCAAGGCUUGGCCAGGCUCUCUGGACAAAACCAGGCAGCUGUUCCCAGCAAAACCCAGCUCCUGCCUCACUUUGGGGGCAGCCUCUGUGCCUGUGCCCUGGGGCAGAGCUGUGCUCGGGGGUCACCUGCCAGGCUGGCAUCUCCCUGUGCGUCCAACCUCUGCCACGUCCUCAGCACAGCCCUCCCCUGCCAUCUUCUUCUCACAGGACAUCGGGGAAUGGAUUUCCAUCCCUAGACCUGUGGGCACUCUUGGGAGGACAGGCUGAGGAAGCUGGGACUGCUCAGACUGGAGAAGAGAUGGCUCAGAGGGACCUUAUCUGUGACCCUGUUCUUCUAAGAUCUUCUAAGCCUUCUGAUGUUUACAUUAUUGUAAUGAAGUUUCUCACACACUUUUAUGUAAAUAAUUAUUGUUUUACAUUCUUCUCUAGAGGAGGAGAAAUUUGAUGGACUGUUGGUUUGUCUAGUGUAAUUGGAGAGGUAGCACUUUCAUCCUCCAAUCCACUGUCACUUUUGAAAGUCUAUAAAUAUUAGAGUCAAGAAAUAAACUUCCCUCCUUCUUCUUCUUCUCACCUUG